AUGAGCUUUAAGAGUUUUUUGGAGCUUGCCCAAAAGAAUCAGGAUCUAAAUGAUAACAUUGUUAAAAAAUUGUCGGAGGAUCAAAAAAAGAAAAAAGAGUUAUAUUUAAAAGAGCGUAAAGCAAUUGAAGCAGCAAACAAGACUAAGAAACGCGUUGAGUCCUAUGAGCCUCCUUCUUUUUCUAGCACGAGGGUUGAAUAUAUUCCAUCACCUGUUGUUAAUAACACCGCUCUUGAUGUCUCUAAUCAACGUUCAGAACCUGAAUAUGUACCUACAGCAAUUCCUAAGCCAAAUAAACUUUCCUCUCUUAUGGACGCCUUAGAGGAAUUAAAUGGAGAAGUUCCAUUUGCAGAAAAGAGAUUCAAAAUUAAAACGAAGAUCCCCAAGAUUUGUGGCUCAGGUUCUAACACUCAAAAUUCUCAGAAGAAACUUGAGAGCGUGCCUUCUAACCGUAUUCUUAUAUCAAAGUCGAAAGUGGAAUCUGAUGAUACUGCUUCUUCUCAAUCGGGGAGUUCAAAAAGAGAUAAGUUGCCGCUCUCUUCUAGUGCUAUCAAAGUUUUUGGAAAGCCAGGAAUAGCUAUCCAGCAAAGCAUUUCUACUAAAAAAAGUGAAUCUCUAUCAGUCCCCAAAUCUGUACAAAAGCGCCUUCAUUCCUCUUCCUCCCUGAGCCAUUCAAAUUCUUCUCGGAGCUCUUUAAAACCUGAUCUGAGUAAAACUGCAGUAUUGCCUUCCAAAACUGAAAGGCAUGUUCCUUUCCCCUCUAAGUCAAAUUCAGCUAUUAAAAAUCAUUCCUCUUCUCGGAAUUUACUUCAGAAUAAAGCUCCCAUUCGAACUGAAAAGUGUGUUCCUUCAUCUAAAUCUCCAAACGGUGUUCCUGUAAGGAAUAUUUCAAGUAAAACUUCGUCUACUCCUUUAGUAAAACACGCCACUUCUUCCUCCACUAAAUCAUUUCCAUCUAGCGGUUUAAGAACAAUUAACUCCAUUCGUGCUUCAUCAUCCGCCAAUUCUUCAAACCUUUCAAGACCAUGUAAUCCUUCUAGGGGUAUUGCUGCUCAGUAUGGGCUUGUUCCAACUUCGGCGACUGAUUCAAGUUUGCAAAUUAAAGUUCCUCAUCCAAAGCCGCAGUCUACCUCAAAAUAUCUAUCACUUAAACGACCCGUAGAAGCCCCCAAGCGACCAGCAUCCACAAUUCCCAAGAAUGGAAUUCCUCAGAAACGAACUAUUUCGAAUCUUCCUCGCCCAGUUCAGCCCCAAGUUUAUAGACCUUCCCAACCUCCAAAUAAUCAGCCUAUCGUCCGUGGAAUAGCAGCUCAGUUGGGCGUUUUGCCACCAAGCGCUCCCUGUGGGAACAGAGAUUUUGAAGACGAUAGUGAUGAAUACGAAAGUGAUGAUAGCUUUAUUGACGACUCCGACUUUACUUCGUUCAAAGAAUACAAGUUCGCUAGGAAUGAGAUCUUUAAGUCCUUGCGCUUUGAUCCUAAAAAAUACGCUAAGGUUGGCAAGUAUGAUGAUCUUACUUCCAUGGAGUCAUCAUAUCGACAGAUUGAAAAGGAAGAAAAACUUAGUCUUCGACUUGGAGCUCAAGAAGACAAGGAGGAUAUGGCCUGGGAAGAGGAGCGUCGACGAAGGCGGAUGGAAAAGCUCAAACACCACCACAAGGAGGGAUAA